GUGCCGCAGGCUGCACGCCGCAUGCGUUGCCUUACAAAUGGUUGCCCACCACUGUCAUCAAUCCCACCCCAUGUCCCCCAACUCCAGCAUGGAGAUAUAAAGGCAGUGCCAAGAGGAGGGAAGUGGGACCGAGGAGAAGAGAGGAGAGCAAAACAGGCCUCAAAGAUGGACACUCCCCGACUCUUGCUUGUGCUGACUUUGUUCUCAGGCAGCCUGAGGUUAGGUCGAGGCCUUGAAGAGGGACUUGGUUCCAGGGAGAUCUUUGCUGAAGAACCCAAUGCUUAUCCAGAGAGAUUCCUAGAAUGGGUGCAGCAAGAAAAUGAGGACCAUGCUGUCCAGAGCCCACUUGAGGAGCAUUCGUUGAGUAAUUUGCUUCGCUCCUUCCUCCAUGCCAUGCAGAGACCUGGGCGCAGCCCAUCCUUUCUGUUCCAGCCCCAAAGGUUUGGCCGUGAUGCCCGGUCCGGUCCCAGCAGUGUCCGAAUGAACCCUCGGGCAUGGGAUUCCAAUGCGCCUCAGUUUCUGAGCAUGGCAGUUCCACAACGCUUUGGCAAGAAAUGAAGCUAGAAAGUACAAUGCCAACCCCACACCUGAAAAUAAACCCCAAAACAAAUCCCAACCCGGAACUAUUGCUCAGUGGAUUCUGUCUUCUCCUGCCCCUCGUUUCUGUUGUCACUGUGAAUUAACUGGGCAGCUGGCGCUCUUGUUUGGGCCUUGUGCUUUGCUAAUUGUUAAUGGUCAUAAAUAAACACUAUUACAUCUUGGAAAGCUCCACAGUCCCUUUGCUAUGUAGACUCUAUGGGGCAGGCAGCAUGGUGCCCUC